ACUCAGAGUUUUACUCGCUGGUGGAGCAGGGAGUAGCAGAUGCAGCUGAGCGUUAAGAAGAGUAGAAGAAGAAGAGUGGUUACAGACCUCCAGUGUCCGCUGUGCUGAUCCCACUCCACUGUCACCAUCUCAGCUGGGUCAGGAGGAUUCCCGCCGCUCUGUGGGACCGACCGGCUCCUCAUAUUUCCUCACCCCAAGUGUCCCUUACCUUCCGUGGCUGGCUCUGUGCUGGGCUCGGGGGGAGACACCUGCCAGACUGAGCCUGCGGCGGACAGAGUCACAGAGCCGGUGAAAGACACUAACAACCAUGGAGCUCUCCAACACUUCCAGGAAACUUCCUCUGCUUGCACUCACCUUUCUGUGGGCGCUCUCAGGUGUGUGGGCCAUGAUCCAGAUGCCCCAGUCCAGUAUGGAGGUGAUCCAGGGUCAGAUGGUGGUUCUGAGGGCCGUGUACAGCAGGGUGCCCGGCAGUGACCUGAGCCUCAACACCAUCAUCUGGAACUUCCAGACACCUGAAAUCACCCAGCUGAUCAUCUCCUACACCAAAGGCUCCAUCAGCGUGGGCAGCCCCCAGUUUAAGGGCCGCGUUGGGUUCAGCUCCAGCAUGCCCUCAGAAAACCUGUCUCUGUACAUCAACGACACGCAGGAGUCUGACUCAGGACGCUACGUCUGCCAGGUCAUCAUCCCCAGCGACCCCGGCAGCACCGCCCAGCUCACUCUGGACGUGAAGGUGCCCCCGGCGGUCCCUAAGUGCUCUGUGUCGGGGAAGCCGGUGCUGAAGGGGAACGUGACCCUGAGCUGCUCCUCCAGCUCCGGGAAGCCUCUCCCUCUGUACCGCUGGAAGAAGACCAGCCCCACCUCCCAGGUCUUCUUCUCCCCCAUGCUCAACGAGAAGACCGGCACUCUGAAGCUGAGCAACCUGAACAGCAACAUGUCAGGGAAGUACGAGUGCAGCGCCAGCAACUCCGCCGGCUCCGAGAGCUGCUCCAUCAACCUGGACAUCGUCACCUCCACUAAUGUGGGGAUGAUUGUUGGCGCCACAGUGGGCUCAGUGGUCGGCUUCAUCUUGCUCCUCCUCAUCUGCCUGUUUUUCCUGGUGAAGAGGCGGAGAGACAACGAGGACGACAUGGCUAACGAGAUCAAGGAGGACGCUCAGGCUCCUAAGCGUGUGUCCUGGGCUAAGAGUGGCAUGGGUUCAGAUAUCAUCUCUAAGAACGGGACCCUGUCCUCCAUCGGCUCCAGCCCCCACCACCAAGAGCCCCCCCACCACCACAACAACCACCACCACCUGCAGCAAUACCCGCAGCGCCCCCCCUCAGACACCGCCUCCAUCAUCACGGCCACGGGCAGCAUGGCCGGGUACCGCCCCUCCCGCCACCACGGCGCCUCCACCCCCACCCCCACCCACUACAGCUACAACAACAACAGCACCCUGCCGCGGGGGGGGGCCCUCCCCUCGGAGGCCAGCACCAACGGCAGCUCCCUCCCCAGGCCAGAGCGCUACGGCCAGCUGCCCCAGGCCCAAGUGCUCCCGCAGACCUACAGCCAGCCUCAGCACCUCCAGGCUGCCCCCGGCCCCCCACCGCUGCCCACCUCCACGGUCACUGCCUCCAACAUCGCCCGCAUGGGAGGGGUGCCCAUCAUGGUGCCUGCACAGAACCAGGCCGGAUCUCUGGUGUAAACCUGCAGCGCUGACACAAACUGUCCUGCCCCCCCCCCACACACUGUGGAGAGGGUCAGCUGCAGAUAUGUUGAAGGGGAACUCUACACCUAGCGUUAGCAGGAACACAGGAUGGAGAGCUCCACUCCACUUCCUGCUUGACUGUCAGACACAAACUGUUUUGCUUAUACGUUAGUCUUUUAUAUUCUUUCUGCACCGUAUACAUUUCAAACUGUAUACUGUAGAAAUGAUUUUCAUACAUUUGUCAAGUAUCCACUUUUCUGCUUUAUAUCAUAUCUAACAUUUCAUUUGUUUCUUUGUUUCAUAUUUUUCAAACGCUGUAUUGUACUUUUUCUCCUGCCACACAAGAAUGAAGCACAUAAUAACCGGAUAAUGACCAAGGGGGUGGGGGGGGUGGGUCUCACAGAUGAAUAUAAAAUAAUGAAGAAGAGGGCUAAGCUGUGUCCAUUAUCUUUAUAUGAACAAAACCUAAAUAGAAAAUAGAUGUUAGCACAAUAUAUCAGACAGAGGAGUGAAUGUCCGAGUCAGAGAGGGGUCAGGAGGGGUCAGGAGGGGUCAGGAGGGGUCAGGGAGGGGCUGGGUGUACAAUAUGAAGAUGUGUAUGAAUGAGUGUGUUGCUGCAGCAGAAGGACGUUAUACAUGAUACAAGUUUGGCAUUGCAAAAUAUUGUAAUCCUUUUUUUGGCUUUACUUCUGUCGGUGGUUCAGAUUAUAAAAUGCUUUCAGACUGAAUUCUUUAAACACAGAUUAGCAAAAGCCUCUUAGAAUAUUGAGCAGUAUUUAGAAAUGCAGUUUGGUGACUUUGCUGAAACACAAGUCCAAACUUUGAAUAAUUUAAAGUUGCCUGCUAAAUUUAAAUUGUAAAUAUGAUAUUUAUUUUCUUACAGCAUAGCAUAGUGUUGGCCUGUAUAGGAAAUAUAACACAGGUCCCAUGUCUGCCUGCAACACUGGAUACCGAACCAAAGAUAAGAUGGAACGCUUCGUUAUUACAUGUUUGUUUUUUUCUCUCUUUUCUUUCUAAUUCAGGUCAGUCGGAAAAAAACAGAUUUUUUUCCAAGUUACAGUAACAGGAAGCUGACACAAGUCUUUCCAAAUCAAGAUCACUAUUGUCCACGUGUUGUUCCGGAAGGUGCCUAGAUAGUGCUCUGAUACUGUUUCCUUUCAUGAGAAACACCUCCUUUAAGUUUGGGGCUUCAAAGCAACUUCCAGAAUAUGAUAAAUACAUGUGGUCUUAAUACUGCUACAGCUAGUUUCCAUCUGUAGGCACUGUGCUCAGUGAGUGAUCAUUAAGAUGAUGAACUUAUUAUGAAUGUUAGCUUUUAAAUGUAUAAUAUCUUUAUACAGAGUCAGUAUAAAUCAAAAUGGCUAAAGUCUUAAUAAUAAAUAAUGCGAAAAAUCAAUGCAUCUAUAAAACAUAAGACUUAAAAAAGUGUUAAUCAUGUUUUCUUUUCUCCACCUUGAAGUCACAAAAAUGCCUAUUGCGAUAUAAUUUGAAUUAUUUAAAGAAAGGAAAAACAGAUAUAUGUAUAAUGAUAGUGAUCAUUGUGCUGUGUCGUCAUUACACUGGAGCAUGUGUGAGCAGAGGAUGUACGUGAUGACGGCUCAGUGAGCUGCCAGGAAGCUUCGGAAGUUAUUGUUUUUUUUUAUUGUUUUUACUACAUUAAAGCCAAAUGACAAGAGUUCAUGUGGGAAGUGGUAAGGAAAUCAUUGAUAGAGCUACAUUGUUGUGAAUGGCAGUGUACAUUAUGAACAUACAAAUGUAUUCAAACAAGCCUUUAUUUUUAUACAGUGAUGUAUAAGAGCACAGAGCUCGCUGUCAGUGAGUUCCACCAUGAUGGAUUGUUCUGGAGGCCAGACGCUCCUCGUCCAUGUACAGUGUGCACUUGUAUACUCCAUAUUUAUGUUUAUGGAAAAGCUUUGUAAAACAUUUUCAAUUAAAAGAGAAAUGAUCACUUG